UUCAAACAAAUGUGUUAAAACUGCAAUUAUUCUGCUAAUUUGUGCUUUUUAUUUAUUUAUUUUUACAGAUGAUCAGCACUGCUGGCACUGUGGGUAAAUGGAAGGCAAUGGCACGUCCAUCUUUACCUUCUUCAUUGGACUCCACAUUACCUGGGAUAUCUCGAGAAGUGCUGUCUGUGUCCAUGGAACCAAAAUAUCAAUGUCAGCAGUGCAAAGAGAUUCUUAGGAAACCUUUCCAAGCACAGUGUGGACAUCGCUUCUGUGUGUUCUGUUUCAAACAACUCACCAGCUCGGGGCCCAUACCCUGCAAAACUUGUCGUGCUGAGGGUAUAUUUGAAGAGGCAACAUCUAUGCUCAAUAUUGCAGUGGCGUUUCCUGAUAAUGCAGCACGAAGGGAAAUUGAUAGCUUGCCAGCCAAAUGCCAAAAUGAUGGCUGUAGUUGGUCUGGAACACUGAAAGAGUAUGAGGGUCAGCAUGAAGGUCGUUGUGACUUUGAACGUGUAAAAUGUGAAGCAUGUCAAGCACUCAUCUUGGUCCGUGAAAAAGACCACCACAAUGAGCGGGAAUGCGAGGCCAGAACCCUGAACUGCAAAUACUGCAAGGUCACAUUCAACUUCAAAGAAAUUAAGGCCCAUGACGAAAUAUGUCAGAAAUACCCCAUGCAAUGCAAAGACUGUGGUAAAAAGAAAAUCCCCAGAGAGAAGUUUCAAGAGCACAUCAAGUCUUGUGCAAAGUCUAAGUUGGCGUGCCAGUUCAGUGAAAUUGGCUGCAGGGCAGUGGUUGACAAUGGUAAGCAGCAGGAGCAUGAGCAGACCAGCAUGACGGAACAUUUGCGUCUCAUGCUAGCCGUGCUGUCCUCUGAGCGCCUGCGGGCCGAGGGUGCUGGAGAGUUGCAGGAAGAUUCCGGACUGGGAUUGUAUCGCGGACCUGAAGACGCAUCUCCAGCGGGGGCUCAUGCUGCUGGCCAUAAUGCAGGAAGAGGAGGCGGUCCUGGUGUACAGCAGAAAGUCACAGCUUUGGAGAACAUAGUGUGUGUGUUGAACAGGGAGGUGGAGCGCUCGGCCCUCACCCUGGAGGCACUAUCCCGUCAACAUCGGUUAGAUCAGGAAAAGAUAGAUAACUUGUCAAACAAGGUGCGACAGCUAGAACGGACUUUAACCAUGCGAGAUCUGCAGUUAGCAGAAUCAGAGCAGUCCUUGCGGGAGCUGCAGUUUUGUACAUACGAUGGAGUUUUCAUUUGGAAAAUUGCAGACUUCUCUCGCCGCAGACAAGACGCAGUGGGGGGCCGGGCACCUGCCAUGUUCUCACCUGCGUUCUACUCCAGUAAAUAUGGGUAUAAGAUGUGUCUGAGACUCUACCUGAAUGGUGACGGCACAGGCCGGGGCACUCAUCUUUCUCUUUUCUUUGUGGUCAUGAGGGGCAAAUAUGAUGCAUUGCUGAAGUGGCCCUUUAGCCAGAAGGUGACAUUGAUGUUGUUGGACCAAAACAACAGAGAGCACAUCAUUGAUGCUUUUAGGCCUGACGUGAGCUCCACAUCCUUCCAGAGACCCAUCAGUGAGAUGAACAUAGCCAGUGGUUGUCCUCUCUUCUGCCCUCUAGCCAAGCUGGCAGGCAAAAGCUCAUAUCUGAGAGAUGACACCAUAUUUAUUAAAGCCAUAGUCGACCUCACCAGCUUAUAAAGCACUGGAAUUACUCAUAAUAAUAAUAAUAAUAAUAAUUGAUAUU